UGUCCCUUGCGAUGAAAUUACAGUCAAGCAUGUCGGUUUCUUGGCAAUGUUGAUUUAUUUAUCGUAGUGGAUAUCUUGGGAGGGUACUGUAAGUUCGUGUCAUUUAAAAAAAGUUACAUCUACCACAGUCUUGAACAAUCGCCAGCGACUUAAGGGAUGGCGUGAAUCCCCCUGGGUACCACGCAGGUAGCAGAGAACGUGACUAUCACAGAGAGACAAAAUGGAGGCGUCGUACAGCACCCAGACUGGAGAGACAAAGACCCUGGGGGUGGUGGACUUUGUUGUGUUUGCCAGCACACUUUCUGUCAUGUUAUUUAUUGGACUAUAUUUUGCAAUGAAAAGCAAGAAGGAUCACGAUCCAGCUGAAUAUCUGGUGGCAGGAAGAAGUAUGGGGGUACUUCCGGUAUCCUUGUCCUUGGCUGUGACGUUCCUUUCGGCCUUGACCUUGCUAGGACUUCCGGCAGAAAUCUACAACUACAACACGAUGUUCUGGUGGCUGGCUCUGGGGAUGGUGCUGGCAGUGGCUGGAGCUGCCCACGUGUUCAACCCUGUGCUGUACAACAUCGGGAUCACAAGCGUGUACGAGUAUAUCCACAUGAGAUACGGGAGAAGUGUCAGAGUGUUGGUAUCAUUCAGCUGGGUAAUCCAAACGAUGUCCUACAUGGGAACCGUGCUAUAUGCUCCUUCGCUUGCACUGAAAACAGUAAGCGGCAUGGAACUCUGGGUGUCCAUUGUGACGGUGGGAUGUCUGGUCACUCUGUAUACAUCGCUGGGUGGCAUGAAGGCUGUUCUGUGGACGGACAGUUUCCAGGCAGUGCUCAUCCUCGUGGGCCUUCUGUCGGUCUUUAUACAAGGAUGUAUCACCAUCGGGGGAUUUGGACGGGCUUGGGACAUUGCAAGCGAAAACUCCAGAAUCUACUUUCAUGAUUUCAGCGUGGACCCGAGAACCCGUGCCUCCUUCUGGUCCGUGGUUGUUGGGGGCGGGAUAAUGUGGAUGUCCUACUACUCCGUAAGCCAGAGUCAGGUACAGCGGUUCCUCGCCUGCCACACGCUCAGGAAGGCCCAAAUAGCCAUGUGGUUCAGCGGGGUCCAGCUGGUCGUCAUUGUCAGUCUGUGUUGCCUGGUGGGGGUGGUUCUCUUCGCCUUCUACAAGGACUGUCAUCCCCUCCACUACAAUAUCAUCAGCAACACGGACGAGUUACUUCCUCUGUUUGUGAUGGACAUCUUGGGGCAUCUGCCGGGUCUACCUGGAAUCUUCCUGUCCUGUAUCUUCAGUGGCAGUCUCAGCUGCAGGUGUGGGGUAUCAGUGGUGGACUAG